GCUACGAAGUGCAUCAAACUAGUGACAUAGACUCUUUUAUCUCAAUGGCUCCUAAAAUUCAUGACCUGUUAGCCCUUUUCACUUUUUUCCUAUCCUUGAUUUUUGCACUCAUGAAGAUUAGGAAAAAUUUCAGAAACACGGCAUCUACAACUAUACCCCCAGGGCCAUGGAAGCUACCUAUCAUAGGAAACAUUCCCCAGCUUAUUACAUCUCUGCCACAUCGAAAAUUAAGAGACUUGGCCAUAAGGUAUGGACCUUUAAUGCAUCUGCAACUAGGAGAGGUCCUCUUCAUUAUUGUUUCCUCAGCAGAGUAUGCUAGGGAGGUAAUGAAAACCCAUGAUUUUCUCUUUGCAUCAAGGCCUCAUCUUCUAGUCUCGGAUAUAGUGUUUUAUGAUUCCACGUAUAUUGCUUUUUCACCUUAUGGUGAUUAUUGUAGACAACUUCGAAAGAUCUGUGCCAUAGAGUUUUUAAGCUCAAAAAGGGUUAGAUCUCUUUGGCCAAUCAGAGAGAAAGAGAUCACUACCCUCAUCAAAUCGAUUGCUGUUGGGGUUUUUGGGCUCCCUUCCUAUGUGGAGAAAGGCCCAAAUAUAUAAGCCCACUUUGUCUCACUUAAACAAGUGGAGAGGGGUCAGCUAGGGUUGAGAGAGAGGUCUAAUUUGGCAAGAGAAGCAAAGAGAAAAGUGAGAGAGAAGAGAAGAAAAAGGAUUUUCGCACAAAGUCUGAGCAGUGUUUUUAGAUCUGCCGCCACGCCUUCGUUCACCGUCCGAUCGGGCUGAAAUUUAGACAGCAGGUUCGUGACUCGUGGUUCUUCAAUCUAAACGGUGUGAUUGGCGAGAUGAUUCCUGUGUUGGGAGAAAACUGCGUCGGACAGUAGCUGCAAAAUCUGGUUUUUCUGGUUUUCUUGGUUCUCUAUUUCAUACUUGUUGCUUUGUUGUUUGGCCAAUUAUUGUGCACGAAUUGUGCUGUGUAUUAAGACUCUCUUGUAACCUGAUUUGACAGUAGUGGAGCUCUAUUACUGGCUUGGUCCCGUGGAUGUUUUCCUUCUCACAUUGAGAAGGUUUUUACCACGUUAAAAAUAUUGGUGUCUCUUUGUUUGUGA